CUGUUUUUUGAGUCAGGAAAUAGGGAGUAUGGGACCUUUGCAACUUUGGCCUUGUCUGACUCUUCCUUGGUGUCGGUGUGAUUGACCCCAUCCGCUCUUUUUUUACGGCUUCUUCUUAUAAACAUCUUAUAGGGGGAGAGGGGCAGGGGGUGUUUCAGACCACAAUUGUCUCACAUUUAUUUUUUGAUUCUUUGUUUUUUGAUUUUUGAUUCUUGAUUCUGGGUUGAGUUUGAUUUCAAUGAAGUUUUAGUCUUUGGUGUUUCUUUUUGAUCCGGUGGCUUGCAUUUGAAUUGGGUUUUCAGACAUUGGUGUUGGAGACCAAAUGGAUUCAGCAGCAGAUUCAGUGUCUAAAUCCGGUAAAAUGGGGGGACAAGUUUGCCAGAUCUGCAGUGAUAAUGUUGGUCUGACUGCUGAUAGUGAACCCUUUGUUGCUUGCCAUGUUUGUGCAUUUCCUGUUUGCCGUCCAUGUUACGAAUAUGAGAGAAAAGAUGGUACCCAAUCUUGUCCUCAAUGCAAGACCAAGUACAAGAGGCAUAAAGGAUGCCCUCCAAUUGCUGGGGAAGAAGUGGAAGAUGCUGGUGCCAAUAAUGUAGCAAACAAUUCAAAUCAUACAGCAGGGACACAAGGUGAGAAGCAUAAGAAGGCAGAGCGAACGCUGAGCUGGGAUACAAAUUAUAGCCGAGGGGAGGACAUGGCACCCCCCAACUAUGAUAAAGAAGUCCCCCUUAACCAUAUUCCUUUUCUCACCAAUGGCAGUUCGGUUUCUGGGGAGUUAUCUGCUGCAUCUCCUGCAAGAAUCUCAAUGGCAUCUCCUGAAAGUGGGAUCAGGGGAAAGGGUAACAUUAGGUUGGCUGAUCCUGCAAGAGAGUUUGGGUCAUCAGGGUUUGGCAAUGUAGCCUGGAAGGAGAGGAUUGAUGGUUGGAAGAUAAAGCCCGAGAAGAAUGCAGUUCCAAUGAGUGUUAGUAAUGCCCCUUCUGAAGGCAGGGGAGGUGGAGAUUUUGAUGCCAGCACUGAUGUAGCUAUGGAUGAUUCUAUAUUAAAUGAUGAAGCCCGCCAGCCUCUAUCUAGAAAAGUCUCAGUUCCUUCCUCUAGGAUCAACCCUUAUAGGAUGGUCAUUGUUUUGCGGCUCAUUAUUCUCUGCAUUUUCCUGCACUAUCGUAUAACAAAUCCAGUUCGCAAUGCCUAUGCUUUGUGGUUGAUAUCUGUGAUUUGUGAGAUAUGGUUUGCAAUAUCAUGGAUAUUGGAUCAGUUCCCUAAAUGGCUUCCUGUGAACCGUGAGACAUAUCUUGACAGGCUGGCUUUGAGAUAUGACCGAGAAGGAGAGCCAUCCCAGUUGGCUGCUGUUGACAUAUUCGUCAGUACAGUUGAUCCUCUGAAGGAACCUCCACUUGUCACAGCCAAUACAGUCCUAUCCAUUCUUGCAGUUGACUACCCCGUCGACAAAGUUUCAUGCUAUGUUUCAGAUGAUGGUGCUGCUAUGUUAACAUUUGAAGCUCUGUCUGAAACAUCAGAAUUUGCUAGAAAAUGGGUUCCUUUCUCCAAGAAAUACAGCAUUGAACCACGAGCGCCAGAAUGGUAUUUUGCACAAAAGAUUGACUACCUAAAGGAUAAGGUUCAACCAGCUUUUGUCAAGGAACGCAGAGCUAUGAAGAGAGAAUAUGAAGAGUUUAAAGUUCGUAUUAAUGGACUUGUUGCAAAAGCACAGAAAGUUCCUGAUGAAGGAUGGGUCAUGCAAGAUGGCACUCCUUGGCCUGGAAAUAACACCAGGGAUCAUCCUGGAAUGAUCCAGGUUUUCUUAGGUCAUAGUGGAGGACUUGAUUCUGACGGUAAUGAGCUUCCACGAUUAGUCUAUGUGUCUCGUGAGAAGCGUCCUGGAUUUCUGCAUCACAAGAAGGCUGGUGCUAUGAAUGCACUUGUGCGUGUUUCAGCAGUUCUCACCAAUGGACCAUUCUUGUUGAAUCUUGAUUGUGAUCAUUACAUAAAUAACAGCAGGGCAUUGCGAGAAGCUAUGUGUUUCAUGAUGGAUCCCAAUCUUGGAAAGUCAGUUUGUUAUGUACAGUUUCCCCAAAGAUUUGACGGGAUAGAUAAAAAUGAUCGUUAUGCCAAUCGUAACACUGUUUUCUUCGAUAUAAAUUUAAGAGGCCUGGAUGGAAUUCAAGGCCCUGUAUAUGUGGGUACGGGUUGUGUCUUCAACAGAACUGCCCUAUACGGAUAUGAACCUCCUCUCAAGCCUAAGCAUAAAAAACCAGGACUACUUUCUUCAUGCUUUGGUGGAUCACGAAAGAAGAGUUCUAAAACAAGUAGAAAGGAUGCCAAUAAGAAGAAAUCAGGAAAGAAUGUGAAUUCUACUGUGCCAAUAUAUAAUCUAGAAGAUAUAGAAGAAGGUGUAGAAGGAGCUGGAUUCAAUGAUGAGAACUCACUGCUUAUGUCACAGAUGACCCUAGAGAAAAAGUUUGGUCAAUCAGCAGUUUUUGUUGCUUCAACACUUAUGGAAAAUGGUGGGGUUCCACAGUCUGCAACUCCAGAAUCCCUUCUUAAAGAAGCUAUUCAUGUCAUUAGCUGUGGAUAUGAGGACAAGACAGAUUGGGGAAGUGAGAUAGGAUGGAUCUAUGGUUCAGUUACAGAGGAUAUCCUUACAGGAUUCAAGAUGCAUGCUCGUGGGUGGAGAUCGAUCUAUUGCAUGCCACAACGCCCUGCCUUUAAAGGAUCUGCUCCUAUUAACCUUUCAGAUCGUUUGAAUCAAGUGCUUCGAUGGGCUUUAGGUUCAGUUGAAAUUCUACUCAGUCGCCAUUGCCCCAUAUGGUAUGGGUACGGUGGAAGGUUGAAAUGGCUCGAAAGAUUUGCUUAUGUCAAUACCACUAUUUACCCAAUUACAGCCAUUCCUCUUGCCUACUGCACAUUGCCUGCCGUCUGUCUGCUCACUGGGAAGUUUAUUAUUCCACAGAUCAGUAAUAUUGCAAGCAUAUGGUUCAUAUCUCUCUUUCUUUCCAUCUUUGCCACUGGUAUAUUGGAGAUGAGGUGGAGUGGGGUAGGGAUUGAUGAAUGGUGGAGAAAUGAACAGUUUUGGGUUAUUGGGGGCGUAUCAGCCCACCUGUUUGCCGUGUUCCAGGGUCUUCUGAAAGUCCUUGCUAAGAUUGAUACCAAUUUUACUGUCACUUCCAAAGCAUCCGAUGAAGAUGGAGAUUUUGCUGAGCUCUAUGUGUUCAAGUGGACUACCCUACUUAUUCCUCCAACCACCCUCCUGAUAAUUAAUCUUGUUGGAGUGGUUGCCGGAGUCUCCUAUGCUAUCAACAGUGGUUAUCAAUCUUGGGGUCCUCUCUUUGGCAAACUGUUUUUUGCUUUUUGGGUGAUUAUUCAUCUGUAUCCAUUCCUUAAGGGUCUGAUGGGACGGCAGAAUCGGAUGCCUACAAUUGUUGUUGUGUGGGCAAUUCUCCUUGCUUCUAUCUUCUCACUUCUAUGGGUUCGAAUUGACCCAUUUACCACUCAGGUAACUGGCCCUGAUGUCGAACAGUGUGGAAUCAACUGCUAGAGGAACAUGUAGAUCAGAGGAAGAACAUGAUAGUAACAUGGUGGAAAAAACGUGAGUUUUUUCAGAUAUCUUUAAAUAGCAAAAGAUGGAUGGUAGUUGUUAUGAGCUUUGUUAUUGCUUGAAUUGGAAUCUUAUUACUUUGCAGGGAAAAAAGAAGAAAACCUGGUUCUAAGUUGAACCCAUCAAUUAUUUGAUAGGUUCAUUUUUCUAAACCUUAUUGAGCUAUUUAUUUUUGAAAGUUAACAUUAUACCAUGAUUGGUUGACGGAGUUGAGAUUGGUCAAUUUUCCAUUACCAUGUUGUAUGAAUAAGAAAGUGAUUGUUACAUUUUUUCUUCCA